CGUGGUCAGUAGCGAUUAUUGUUGUCGUGUGACGUGUGGUGUGACGUGUCACGGGAGUAACGGGCGGAUAUUUUCAAAAUGGAAGAAAUGGCAAAGUUUUGGAGGGGAACGCAAGAACAUUUAUUUUUUCUCCGAGAACUCCUGCAGCGGCUCUAGAUGCACUCACCCGAUCGAGGAACAUUAGCACAAAGCUUCAUGCACCUGCGAAACGAAAACCAGUCACGAUGAGUGUUUCGAUCGGCGAUAAAAUUGAGGACUUUAAGGUCCUCACUCUGCUGGGCAAAGGCUCCUUUGCAUGUGUUUACCGGGCCAAAUCUGUGAAGACUGGUCUGGAGGUUGCUAUCAAAACGAUCGACAAAAAAGCAAUGCACAAAGCUGGCAUGGUCCAGCGUGUGACAAACGAGGUGGAGAUUCAGUGUCGACUAAAGCACCCUUCAAUACUUGAGCUGUACAACUACUUUGAGGACAGCAACUAUGUGUACUUGGUGUUGGAGAUGUGUCACAACGGAGAGAUGAGUCGGUACCUUAAAGAGCGGAAGAUGUAUUUCUCGGAGGAUGAAGCAAGACAUUUCAUGCAUCAAAUAGUGAAAGGAAUGCUAUAUUUACACACCCAUGGCAUCUUGCAUCGGGAUCUGACUUUGUCAAACCUUUUGCUGACCAGCAACAUGAACAUUAAGAUUGCAGACUUUGGACUGGCCACUCAGCUCAAACUCCCAAAUGAAAAGCACUUCACCAUGUGUGGGACACCCAACUACAUCUCCCCGGAGGUGGCCACUCGCAGUGCGCACGGUCUUGAAUCAGAUGUCUGGUCACUGGGUUGCAUGUUCUACGCCUUCCUGAUGGGUCGUCCCCCGUUUGACACGGACACAGUCAAGCACACCCUGUCUAAAGUGGUUCUUGGAGAGUAUGAGAUGCCAAGCCAUGUUUCUCUGGAGGCUCAGGACCUGAUCCAUCAGCUGCUGCAGAAGGACCCCGCCCAGCGGCCCAGCCUCUCUGCCGUACUGGACCACCCGUUUAUGACCCAGAGUCUGCUGGUAAGGACCAAGGAGCUGGGGCUGGGGGACGAGGGAUCCAUAGACAGCGGCAUUGCCACCAUCUCCACAGCCUGCACCUCCUCCACUUCAGCCAGCAGCAGCAGCCGCCUCCAGAGGAGAACCAGGCACAUGAUUGGCUGUGCCCUGCCUAAUCGCAUGGCGCCCAUUCAAAGUCUUCCACAACAACACAGCGACGCCUGUUUUGAGGACACCGACCAGUGGCAACAGCAGCAUCCAGCAGACAGAUUUCACAGGGAGGGCAGGAGCAGGGGCGUUCAGGGUGUUGAGAAUGGGCAGCCUCACUCUCGCUACCUGAGGAGGGCUCACUCUUCAGACCGCUCCAGCUCUUCUGCAUCAGGCCACGGACCAAGUCACCCUGAGCUGGGGAGAUGCCACUCAGAGGAGACUCUUACUGGCUUAGGAAGACCACUGUUCAACAUGCCUUCUACUCAGCACCCAUUCUCAGAGCAUGGAAGGCUCCCCUCUCCCCCUGUCAAACAGUCAGCAAGUUAUGGGUAUUCGCUAUCCACGCAGACCGCACAUCCACCAAACCUGCAAUUUGAAGACCUGGAAGGAGUUACUAAUUGGCUCAAUAAUGAGGCGUCAGGACACAGGCCUGCAGACAGUAGCACUCACAGCGGCGGCAGCGGCAGCUUCCAUGGCAGCAGAGGACCUUUAGGGGUUCACAAUUGUCGGACAGACAAGCCCAUGGGCCAAAGUGCGAACCUUCACCACAACCAGCACCACAUGCACCACAACCUUCCCCCCAACUCUGACGCGUACAGGGAGAAUAUACCUGGAGCAGAGUUCCAACCUCCUCACUGCAGAGAGUUAAAGCCCCCCGCAGCCAAACCCAGUGUGGAUAAAGAGAAGAAAACCCUCCGAGACAUAGUACCACCACUGUGUGCGUCCAGACUGAAGCCUAUUAGACAGAAGACCAAAAAUGCUGUUGUGAGUAUUCUGGACUCAGGUGAAGUGUGUAUGGAGCUAUUAAAAUGCCACAGUGGUCAAGAGAGGGUCAAAGAAGUCCUUCGGAUUUCCUGUGAUGGUUCAAUGGUGACAAUAUACCAGCCUAAUGGUGGAAAGGGUUUUCCCGUCCUGGACUGUCCUCCCGCUCCUCCAGAAGAUAUUCUGAUUUGUAGCUACGAGGAUCUUCCAGAAAAAUACUGGAAAAAAUAUCAAUAUGCCUCCAAGUUUGUGCAGCUGGUGAAAUCCAAGACUCCAAAAGUGACCCUUUACACCAAGUAUGCAAAGAUCAUGCUGAUGGAGAACUCUCCCAGUGCAGACCUGGAAGUCUGCUUUUAUGAUGGAGCGAAGACCCACAAGACGUCAGAGUUGGUGAGAGUGGUGGAGAAGAGCGGCAAGUCGUACACGGUGAAGGGCGAGGCGGGGCUGGGCGGCCUGAGCCCAGAGAGCAGGCUGUAUGCGGAGCUGUCUGACGAGGGCCACAGCAUGUGUCUGUCCCUGGAGGCCGCCAUCAUGGCAGAGGAGCAGCGCAGCAACAAGAACGUCCCUUUCUUCCCCGUAACUAUCGGCAGGAGACCUGCCAACCCAGACUCCGCAUGUUCGGCAUCCCUGCCCUCCCACCCGACGCCUCCUGAUGCAGCUUCACCUCCUCAACCUCCACAAAUCACUCCCUCGAUGAUCUCCUACGAUGGCUCUGAUUUCACCACAGCAAGCCUGAGUAAGAAAAGCUCCCCAGUGAGACAGGACCUGGUCCAAAGCACGGGGAAAGUGGUCAAGUCAAUAUUUGUGCCUAAUGUUGGAUGGGCCUCCCAGCUGACGAGUGGAGAGGUGUGGGUGCAAUUCAACGAUGGGUCUCAGCUUGUGGUUCAGGCAGGAGUCUCCUGUAUCACCUACACGUCUCCAGAGGGCAGGAUCACCAGGUACAAGGAGAAUGAGAAGUUGCCAGAGCAUGUCAAGGAGAAGCUGCACUGUCUCUCCACCAUCCUGGGAUUGUUGGCCAACCCGACAGCACAUCACCUCCAACCUCACUAACACAUCUCAGCAGGACGGCCUGGCAGGGAACAGAAAACAGCAUUAGAACCCAUAAUGCAUUUUUUGUCUGGUGUUCUUGUAAAUAUAUGUUUGUGUGUGUUUUUUUUUUUUACAUGUACAGAAGACUAAGAUUAUGAAAAGAUAUAUUUUAAUAAGUGACCGUUUUGUAUAGCGUCUCAGUUGGCCUUGUUGAAAAUGUUUGUCUUUUCAUGUGUGUCUUUUUUACUGCGUCUCCAAUUCUAUGAAAUGUGUGAUUCGUUAAUGCUGAGGCAAUAAACAUCUGGAGGCUGGGUGGAGAAAUGCUGCGCAGCUGGCUUGCAGUCUUCUCUUUGCACUUGAUAUAUUCAUAAAGGAAUUUUUUUAUAGAAAGAAA